AUGGCGCCAAAACAGACGCGACUGUUGUCUUCCUCUCUUCUUCUCGUCCUUCUAGCCAUCCUUGUCCCGGGGUCGCUCUCAUUUAGCAGCAACUUCGCAUUCUACGCAGUGGACGCGCAACCUUGUCUAUACAGCGCCUCCGAUGCAUCCAAAUGCACUGGUACUGACGCACAGGACCUAAACAGUUGUCUUUGCAAUAAUGGCGGCGGCUUCAUCACCAAAGCGGCCCAAUGUCUUGGUCAGAACGGUAUACAAUAUUUGGGGAAGGUGUAUGACACCAUGGAGGAUGCCUGUUCAACCUCUCAGACGCCAAUAUCGGUUAGCCGGAACACGUUUCUGGAUACUGCUGGUAAAGCUGCCUCUUCUACAUCUUCGUCUGCCAGCUCAACUGCGAGUUCAACCACAAGUUCAACCGCUACUUCAACUUCAGGUGCAACUUCGACUCUCACUACCACGACUGGAAAUCCAUCUCCUACUCAGUCAAAUCCAAGCAAAGGAGCCGACGUUGACAACAAGUCAUCCGGUCUUUCGCAAGGAGCCAUGAUUGGUAUUGCUGUCGGCACAUCCGUAGCAGGUGUACUCGCCGUAGGGGGAAUGCUCCUGUACUUUCGACACUGGCAAAAGAAGAAGGCGGAAGAUGAAACCAGUCCCAUGAUGGCCCAGAAUGACUACUACAAGCGUGGCACGGCGACGACAUUCCCUCCCACGGAGCCAUCCCCAUCCCUUGGGCUGUCCGGACCCGACGCCAAAGCUUCAUGGGGGUCGAGCCCGUCGCCUGCUUAUCCGUCACCCAAUCUCAACAAGUCUCCCGCACAAUAUGCCGGUCCGUACGCGGCGCCUACCCCUCAAGACAGCCCAGCGAUGCACGGAGCCGCAAGCCCUGCAUUUGAGAUGGAUGCAUCCGCCACGUCUACUCCUGCGCCCGGCGAGGGACCGGUGGAAAUGGAAGGAUCUGCGCCUUCUACACAUCUCCAGGUUCGGCGUUGA